GGACCGGACCGACCGAGCUGCGCAGCCCCGGUUCGCUGCGGGGAGUUGGGCCGGGCGGCCUUAGAGCUGGGCGGCCUUACAGCUAUACGGCCUUACAGCUAUACGGCCUCCAUCGGCCCGCCCGGCCCGGAGGAUGCUGUGAUUCGAUCCGUGCGGCUCCAGGAGGGGCGGUGCCGCUCACAGCCGGGCCCGGCCGCGCCUCGCGGGGCGGAGGGAGGACGGGAGGAGGACGGAGGGGCGGAUCCAGGAGCUGCCGAGGAUGGCGGCGGCUGCGUCUCCGGCCCGGGAGCUGACGCAGAACCCGCUGCAGAAGACGUGGGAGCCGUACGACAACGGGCUGCCGGCCGGGCACAGCGCGCAGCGCGGCGUAUGUAUGACCAACUGCCCUACGCUCAUUGUCAUGGUGGGUCUGCCAGCAAGAGGAAAAACCUACAUCUCAAAGAAGCUGACGCGCUAUUUGAAUUGGAUUGGAGUGCCGACAAAAGAAUUCAAUGUUGGCCAAUACCGUCGAGACCUGGUGAAGAAGUAUAAAUCUUUUGAAUUCUUCCUGCCUGACAAUGAAGAAGGGUUGAAAAUCAGGAAGCAGUGUGCCUUAGCGGCGCUGAACGAUGUCCGGCAGUACCUCAGCGAAGAGAACGGGCACGUGGCUGUUUUUGAUGCUACAAACACAACUCGGGAACGCAGAGAAACCAUUUACAAAUUUGGUGAAGAAAAUGGCUACAAGACGUUUUUUGUUGAGUCAGUGUGCGUCGAUCCAGAGGUCAUUGCUGCAAACAUUGUGCAAGUGAAGCUGGGUAGUCCUGACUAUGUUGAUUGUAGUAAUGAUGAAGCAACAGAAGACUUCAUGAAAAGAAUUGAGUGCUACAAGAACUCCUAUGAGACUCUGGAUGAAAAUCUUGACAAGGAUCUUUCUUACAUUAAAAUAAUGGAUGUUGGAAGGAGUUACCUUGUGAACAGAGUAAUGGAUCACAUCCAGAGCCGAAUUGUCUACUACCUCAUGAAUAUCCAUGUGACUCCUCGGUCAAUCUACCUCUGUCGACAUGGAGAAAGUGAACUCAAUCUGAAAGGGAGAAUAGGAGGCGACCCUGGACUGUCUGUCAGGGGGAAAGAAUUUGCCAAGAGCUUGGCACAGUUUAUUAAUGAGCAAAACAUCAAGGAUCUGAAGGUUUGGACCAGUCAGAUGAAAAGGACAAUUCAGACGGCUGAAGCUCUGGGAGUGCCUUAUGAGCAGUGGAAGGUUUUGAAUGAGAUAGAUGCGGGAGUGUGUGAAGAAAUGACGUAUGAAGAAAUACAGGAAAAUUAUCCUCUUGAGUUUGCACUGAGAGACCAAGACAAAUACAGAUACAGAUACCCUAAAGGAGAGUCCUACGAAGACCUUGUUCAGAGGCUGGAGCCGGUAAUUAUGGAACUUGAAAGGCAGGAAAACGUGCUUGUCAUUUGUCACCAAGCUGUCAUGCGCUGUUUGCUCGCAUAUUUCCUUGACAAGCCUGCAGAACAACUGCCUUACCUGAAGUGCCCGCUGCACACUGUCUUAAAGCUGACCCCAGUGGCUUAUGGAUGUAAAGUAGAAUCUAUAUUUCUGAACGUUGAAGCUGUAAACACGCACAGAGAUAAACCUGAGAAUGUAGGAGUGGACCGGUCGAGGGAAGAAGCCUUGAGGACGGUCCCCAACCACCUAUAGCUGCAGCGCCGCAGGCAGCAGCCCUUCCUCCAGCACCUGAGCACGGAGCAGCAGCUCAGAACAGUGAAGGCAUCGCUGGGCGCCAGGCAGAGCGCAGCUCCCCUCCACCUUCGGACGUUUGGAAUGUGAUGCAGCUGCUUUGGAGAGCGGCUGUGGCUGUGCUGAGCUCCUGGUGCCGAAAGGCAGCGGUGACAAGAGACCCAUGGCAACGGAGUCCAGUUGGUUUUAGACUAAUGUAUGUAAAGUUGUGCUGUUUCAGUGGCUUUUAGUGUUCAUCAGCAAGAUGCUGAAUUGCCCGUGUCGAUUUUACUGUCAGAUUUUAACUAGACUUUACUUUCGUUUAAGUGUUUUUCUAAGAAUUUCUCUUAUUUCUACUGUGAAUGAUUGCCUGGAGUUACAGGGAUGUUUAUUUAACACAGCUGGAAUCCUGCAUUGAGAGCAGUGGAGGCUUCCUGAUGCAAAACUGCUGUUCUGACCGUGGGCUGGGAAGGGCUCUGCAUGCAGAGGCUGGAGGAGCUGCUUUUCUUUUUAGCACUGUGAUUUUGAGGCAAUUUGGGGCUGAAUCUCAAUAUGUAUUUUUCUCUUUACAACCACAUCUAACAGCUACAUCAGGAAACAGUACAGAAAGGGUGGGUGGUGUUCCACCUUUCUUAUAGCUCAUGCAAGAAAACAUCAGGUAAAUUGUGAAUCCUUCGCCAUGUGGCAUGCCGGCCUCUUUGUCUUUCACUUACUGUUUUUAAGCAGCCUCCCAGUGCCCCAGUUCUUUGUUGCUGUUCUGUAGUUCUCUGUGAACCUCCAGUGCUACAAAUGGCUUCUCUGUGCCCGCUGCCCUCCUGAGCACUGACCUGCUGUGCAUUUGGUGUGAUACCUGCAGCCAAGUGAGCAGCCAGCGCUGUGCAGGCUUUGUGCUGGACAGGGGUUGGUUUGGGGGGUUGGUUGUUUUUUUAUUCUCCAGGCCUUCCCUUGUAGUGACCAAACCUCCACCACCUUCAUUGUUGGUUUAAAAACCAGAACCCAACUUUGUUCAGUUCCUGUGUGAAGUUCCGGCUCCUCAUAAGGCUGUUUGUGAGCUGGGGCUGCGCUGUCUUCUCUUGGUGCAGGGUUUGUCAGUAAAGGUGCUGCUGUCAUGGUGUUUUCAUAAGGAGCUGCUCUGCUCAGGAUGUAAGAGCCAUAGCACAGCGCCGGGCUGCACUGCAGGGGAGGGCACUGAGUGACCAGGACUGCCUGCUGUGAGCACUGCUGGCUCCAGCUGUGUGUGUGUGGCCCAUUAGCUCAGCACUGUUCUUCAUCCAGCUGUGUUGGUAGCUAUGGUGUGAGGAGGGCCCGCACGAUGCUGCUCGGCGUACUGAACUUACUGAUGCAUGGUAACCAGGGCCACCUUUGUGCCCAACACAUAGAAACGCUUCCCCCCCUCCCCCCCCCCCAUUUUGUGUUCCUUGGGAAGGCAGCGCUGUGCUCCUCCAGACCCGCUGUGACCAGGAGCCGUUCCCAGCUCUUCCCAGGUUAGAGGGGCUGGGGAAAAAGGGGGGCAAUCCUGCUCCAAGGAACGGGGUGGGAGGAGAGGUUCCCCUGGCAGGAGAUGAGCUGGAGGCUGCUCUGUCCUCCCCUUCUCUGACCUCUUCACCAUAUCAGAGGUGCUGUAUAAUUCCUUCAGGCUAAAUGUGUUAUGUAUGGUAGGUAUUUUUAUUGCCUGCUUUUGACUAUACUGUGAGUGUUUUACUAGGUGGGUGUGCUGUUAAGAAAAGAAAAAAAAGAGAGAAGGUUGUAUAGAAGUGUAAAUAAACUGUUAUGCUGAUACUUGAAGAGUAAAAAAAUGAUGAAGUUGGCUGUGGGACUUUGGUAUUAAAGCAGCAGCAGCAUCCACCCCUCCCUGGCUGCUGGGCCUCACUGCCAGCUGUGUGACUUCCAGCUGGGAGGCACUGCUGGGCACUGCAGAGCAUCGGCACCACCCCAGCAGCUGCCCUUGUGCUGCCCUCCUUCCUCAUGCAGCCCCAUGGAAGCAGCACGGGGAGGUAGAAGCCCUGCUCCAGCCUUGUGUGUUUGUGUGUUCCACCACCUUCUGACUGCUGACACACUCACUAGCUCGCGAUGCAAGUCCUUCCUGAAAUGAGAUUAACUGCCUUUUCUUACGUUGUCGGCCUUCACUGUUGUAGCCUUUCAGACCAAUGUAAUUGUUUGACAUUUGAUCCAAGCAAUAAAGAUCAAAUGCUACACCCUG